AAAGUUUUCACAAUAUAAAGCAUCUUCAAAGUUACAAAGUAUGAUUCUUAUAUUGACAGUGAAAAGUGAAAAAACGAAACCAAUUGGCUUUUGAAACAAUAACAAUAAUUAAUUAAAAUCAGGUCAUCACCUUUGACUGACAAUGUUUAUGUGCUUCCCUUUGUGUCAACAUUGAGACUUUCAUUUACAUACAAAAAUACCGAUCAACAAUAGAAACAUCUUUAACAAUAUAAACUUGAUUUACAAUUAAUUUGGAAACAUUGGACAACAAAAUUUCCUCCCUUCUAUACGUUCGUCAUUUCUCAUUCAUUUGGCCCACCUCACAAGCCAAAACUUUUUACUCAAACGGAUUAUUAUUAUUAAUAUUAUUUAUACUUUGGAUAUUAACAAUGUUAUCAAUGGAGUUCCGUAAAAGACUUCAUACCUCACCAGCCAUUUUAUUUCAAUUGAUGGUUUUGUUUGUUUUACUCCCAGCUCAUUGGCAUUCAUAUCAAUGGAGUUCUUCAGCUCAAUGUCCUUAUGGAUGUUCAUGUCAGAAUGAUGAUGUUGACUGUCGAGAUCGUGGAUUGACGGAAAUACCUCCAGAUAUACCAGAAACAGUAACUGAAUUGCGAUUAGAGCAAAAUCGAAUCACAGAGUUACCUGGAAGAGUGUUUUCAGCCUUUAAACAUCUCAGGAGAUUGGAUUUGAGCAACAAUCAAAUAUCCAAAGUGGCUGGUGAUGCUUUUUUUGGACUCAAAUCAUUAACAACUCUGGUUCUAUAUGGUAAUCGAUUAACUGAUUUACCUAGAAACGUAUUUCAUGGAUUAUCAUCUCUUCAGCUUCUCCUGCUCAAUGCCAACAAUAUCUCAUGCAUUCGUAAAGACCUUUUCUCAGGACUUCAUAACCUCAAUUUACUUUCACUUUACGACAAUAAGAUUCAAUCUCUUGCCAAUGGUACCUUUGAUUAUUUUAAAAACAUCGGGACACUUCACUUGGGAGGAAAUCCUUUCGUUUGUGACUGCAAUCUCAAAUGGCUUUCAAAUUAUUUACAAAAAAAUCCAAUUGAAACGUCCGAUGCUAGAUGUGCUGAACCCAAAAGGUUGUCUCGUAAACGAAUCAUGUCUCUAGAUCCAGUUAAAUUCAAGUGUCGAGGUAAUGAAGCUUAUCGUACCCGUAAUACUUGUGGUAAAUCCAAGGGAAUACCCGAGAUUAUGGAAUAUCAAAAUGUUGAAAGAAGCGGAUUAAACCAUCGAGUUGAUAAUAGUUUGGUUCCUGAGAUGAAGAAACAUCAUGCUGAUAUAAUUGAAAAAUUUUUGAAAGAGUUAUCAAGUCAAGGAGGGAAGGUGACUGAUUUAUCUGAUAAAUUGGAUCGUCUUCUUAAAUACAUGGACACUAUUAACUCCAAAUUAGAUGAGAUUGGUAAAAAAAAUGCGUUGGUUAAAUUAUCAUCUUCAUCUUCAUCAUCACCACCUUGCCUCUAUCCAGUUAAUAAGAAAAAAGAUUCAUCAUCAUUAACAUCAUCUCUUCUUUUACCUGGAUCAGUGACACCAAUAUCAGUUUCAUCAAUCAGUAGCUCAUCUUCAUCUUUAUCAUCUUUAUCAGCAUUAUCACCUUCCUCCUCAUCAUCAUCAUCAUCAUCCUCAUCUUUAUCUUCAUCUUCUUCAUCAUCAUCACUAUCAUCAUCUUUACUAUCAUUGUCAUCCUCAUCUGCUAGUGAAUCAACAGUUGAUGCCGCUAAAGAUGAAGAUCAAUCCUCGGGAAUGUUUGAUAAAAGCUCAUUGACCAAAUAUGAUGACUACGAUGACAAAGAGUAAUUAUUGGUUGUAUCAAUGUAAUAUUGAGGUGGUUGCAAGCAUUGGACAAUUGUAAUAACUGAUUGCAAUUAGUUGAAAACAAUGAAAAAAUCAAUGUUUUCUCUGUCAUAGAGAAGUUUUUUAUUUCCCUGUUUCAGUCUCAUUUUUUUCUUCAUCUGCAAAUCUUGCAUUUCUUUCUCUCUGCCUUUUCAUUUUUCAUUUGGUUGAUUGUCAAUUAAAACUUGAUUAUGAACUUUAUUUAAAAAUAAAAUUCUUUCACAGUUAUUUGUAAUAUUAAUAACAACCAACAAGUAUUUCAAAAUUACCUCAACACACAACUCAAUUUUACAGGUUAAUGUUUUUUUCCUGAUAAUACUCUCAUUAUAAAUUUGCAUUAUUAGUUAACUUUUUUGCUGCUGAUUUUAUUAAUAAAAACCAAGAAUCGUUGUAAUAACUAUUGACCAUAAUAGGGAUUGAUUAUUGAAUUUGCCAGUGGAUUCCUCAAUUUUUAAUAUUAUCGUCUUUUUUCCUUUCGUUUUUUUUGCUAAAUAA